AUGCCACGGCUCGCCGUCUUUUUCCUUCUCGCGGUGGUGGCUCUGGCCAUCCCCACCACCGAUGGAUUGAACCCAAGAAAACUCGACGACACCACCGAGAACAAGUGCGGCGGCUGUCCUUGCAAUAACCCGUGCCCCAUCCCAUCGCCGCCGCCGCCAUCUCCACCACCGCCGGCUCUGCCGCCACCCUCCCCGCCUCCGCCGAAGAAGCCGCCCAGCAGCUACUGCCCUCCCCCGCCCGGCGGCGGCUACGUGCCCAGCGGCCCCACCACUCCCAACAACCAAUACAUAUACUUCAACGGCCCUCCGGGCAACUUAUACCCGGUUGACCAGUACUUUUCCGGCGCCGGUAAGGCGGGAUUUUCCCUCUUGAUCGGCGGAGCUUUCUUGGGGUUUCUCGCUCUCUGGUGA